GUCACAUUGGAUUCAAACCUGUUACUUUGUUUACCAUUUUCCAGACAUUUGAAUUAAUGCCACCGCGCCUGCCACUUGCACCGCUUAGAAACCUCCUGCCAUUUGGACGCGGAUCUAGAACCAUGAGCUCCCAACCAACUGUAUACGUGACCCGUCCGGAUGUUGAUUCCAGCGGUUUGGAACUUUUGCGUAAGAGCUGCCAGGUGAGCACUUGGAAUGAGGCCUUGCCCGUACCUCGGACCGAGCUUCUGCGGCAAAUUGCUGGAAAGGAUGCCUUAUACUGCGCUUUGACUGAUAAGAUUGAUAAGGAAGUGCUGGAUGCUGCAGGUUCCCAGCUUAAAUGUGUGGCCACCAUAUCGGUUGGCUACGAGCACAUUGACGUGGAAGAGUGCAAGAAACGUGGCAUUCGCGUAGGAUACACUCCGGAUGUCCUAACUGAUGCCACGGCGGAGCUUACGCUUGCUCUUCUCUUGGCCACCAAUCGGCGGUUGUUCGAGGCCAACAAGCAGGUCUAUAACGGUGGCUGGAAGUCCUGGGCGCCCAUGUGGAUGUGUGGCCAAGGGCUCAAGGGAUCUCGAGUAGGUCUCUUUGGCUUUGGACGCAUUGGUCAAGAGAUUGCGGCACGCAUUGUCCCUUUUAAGCCGUCGGAGAUAACCUACACGACCCGAACGCAACGUCCUCAGGAAGCAAAGGUGGUCAACGCCCGAUACGUAGACUUUGAUGAGAUGCUGUGCAACUCCGACUUUAUCGUUGUCUGUUGUGCUUUGACUCCGGAAACCAAAGAAAUUUUCAACGCCGAGGCCUUCCAGAAAAUGAAAUCGAACUGCAUCUUUAUCAACACAGCUCGCGGAGGAAAUGUGGACCAGAAGGCUCUAUACGAGGCCCUUAAAUGCAAACGUAUUUUGGCCGCUGGUCUGGACGUGACCACUCCGGAGCCUCUGCCACUUGAUGAUCCGUUGUUGACGCUUGACAAUAUUGUUAUCCUUCCCCAUAUCGGCAGUGCUGAUAUCGAAACUCGCAAAGAAAUGUCGCGGAUAACAGCACGAAAUAUUUUAGCUGCUCUGGCUGGAGAAAAAAUGGAAGCUGAAGUAGGACUCUAGACUUUUCACAUUAUCUUAAAAUUACUACAUAUAUAGGGUCGAACCUUAUG